GAUCAACUGUCCUCAAUCAUGUUUCAGCGAGGUCGGAAACCCAUGAGAGAAAACUAUGAUGAUCCCUACAUGAGGGGUCCGGGAAAUGGCAGGGAGGUGACAUUUCACAGAGUUGUUAAUGUUGUUGAGAGAAGAAGCUCUAUGCAAAUGAUGGGAGGAGACUUUGACAGAAGAGGACUUGAUGGGCCAAUGUACAAUGAGCCCAUGCCCUACCAGGAUCCUAGAGAAUGUCAAGGCAACAUCAAUUACCCACAAAACAUGCCUUUUUUUGAAAAUGAAGACCACAGAUUUGGAAAUUUCCACAGAAAUCCUCCUCCUCCUCCUCCUAGAAAUGAAGGACACUACAAUCCCAACAGAGAUGACCUCAGGUAUCAUUUGGACUCAAGAAACAAUGGGAGAGGAGGAAAUUUUUUCCGCCACAGGGGUCGAGAUCCUGUAAGGAAGGAUGUUGACUACAGGCGUAGAGAGCAGUUUGUUCGAGAUCGGUCUCCAGUCAGACGAGGAAACCAUUCUUCCAGCGCUGCAUCAAGACCCUCUGAGAAGAACGCCAGUCAGCCAAAACCAAAGUCCACUGCUUCUACAAGUCCACUUCAUGGCAACCCUGAAGAGGAUCUAACACAGACUCCAACAACCUCAAAGGAAAGCCCUCCUGCGUCUGUAGCCCAGCCAGAGGAGGAGGUGGAGGCUGCCAGCGUGGAGCCAAAGUCGACACUAGAGCAAGAUGUAAAGGCCCGCCGGUUGGAGGCCAUUAAGGCAAAAGCAUUGGAAAUUGAGAAGGAUUACCGGCAAGACUGUGAGACAUUCCGCACCGUGGUGAAGAUGCUGGUAGAGAAGGAGCCUAGUUUGGAUUAUCUCCUACAAGCUCCACUGGAGAAGAACCUGGAGGAGAUCAAAGAGCGAUGCCUGGACUCACUAAAGCUGUUUAUUAAAGAACUGGAUGAGGCAAUAGAGCAGCCCAACAAAACUGACCAACCCACAGAGGGCCAGACUUGA